AUGCCCACCCUGGAUGCCCCAGAAGAGAGGCUGAAAAAAUUUAAGUACCGAGGAAAAGAUGCAUCUGUGAGGCGACAACAGAGGAUGGCUCUCAGCCUGGAGCUCCGGAAGGCCAAGAAAGAUGAGCAGGCUUUAAAGAGGAGGAAUAUCACCUACCUCUCCCCUGACCUAGCUUCCAAAGGGGUCUGUCUUACACUGGAUGAAAUAAUCAAAGGCAUGAAUAGCUUAGAUCUGGCUGUAUGCUUCGAGGCCACCCAGGCAAUCAGAAAAAUGCUGUCCCAGGAAAAGAAUCCUCCUCUCAAAAUGAUCGUUGAAUCAGGGGUCAUCCCCAGGCUGGUGGAAUUCCUGAAGUCAUCCCAUCACCCCUGUUUGCAGUUCGAGGCAGCCUGGGCUCUGACCAACAUUGCUUCAGGGACUUCACUGGAUACCCAAGCAGUUGUGAAGGGGGGUGCCAUUCUACCCCUUGCUGAGCUCCUGUCUUCCCCCAAUAUGACUGUGUGUGAGCAGGCAGUGUGGGCACUCGGCAACAUAGCCGGUGAUGGCCCAGAAUUCAGAGAUGUUGUUAUCUCCAGCAAUGUCAUCCCACGUCUGACAGCCCUGAUUUCAUCAACCAUAUCAAUCACAUUUCUACGGAACAUCACGUGGACCUUGUCCAACUUGUGCCGAGGCAAGGACCCAUACCCCUGCGAGGAGGCAGUGAGGCAGAUUCUGCCUGUCCUCUCUCACCUCCUCCAGUACCAGGACAGUGAGAUUCUCUCAGACACCUGCUGGGCCUUGUCCUACCUCACGGAUGCCUGCAGUGAGCGCAUCACCCUGGUACUUGACACAGGAGUCCUGCCCAGGCUGGUGGAGCUCCUAACUAGUGUGGAACUCAGUGUUUUGACCCCUUCUCUCCGCACGGUGGGGAACAUUGUCACAGGAACGGAUCACCAGACCCAAAUGGCCAUUGAUGCAGGCAUGCUGAAGGUGCUGCCCCAGCUCCUACAGCACCCCAGGUCCUCCAUCCAGAAGGAGGCAACCUGGGCCCUGAGCAACGUGGCUGCUGGACCCCACCAGCACAUCCAGGGGCUGAUCACUCAUAAUUUGAUACCUCCUUUGGUGGCUCUGCUAAGAAAUGGAGAAUACAAAGUCCAGAAAGAAGCUGUCUGGACAGUAGCUAACCUCGCAAUGGGGGCUUCUGCGGACCAGUUGUUCCAGCUUGUUCACUUUGGAGUCCUGGGGCCGCUGUUGAGUCUGCUCACUGUCCCAGAUGUGAAGAUCAUCCUUAUCAUCCUGAAUGUCAUCUCUUAUGUUCUCCAGGCUGCACAGAAGCUGAGUGAUAAGAAAAGCUUGUGUCUUCUGGUGGAAGAACUUGGUGGGAUCGAUAGAAUUGAGGCUUUACAACACCAUGAGAACUCUCAGAUAAGAUGGGCUGCUCUGCAAAUCAUUGAGAACCACUUUGGUGAGGAAGAAGAUACUGACACGCAUAGUCCAAAGCCAAGUCUGUAA